AUGUCGCCCCGUAGAGCUGCUAGCAGAAGUGUUGGCGAAUUAUUUGGACAAGCUUCUGCUACCAGGGAAGUCCCCAUUGAAGAAGGAAUGGAAGUUCCUAUUGAAGGGGGGACAAAUACGGGUGACAGCCAAGGAGUUAUACUGGAAUUAAUGAGAGAAGUGGUAGGGUUAGUGCGUGAUCAGAGGCAGCAUCAGGUGCCAACACCACCCCCACCACCUCCUCCUCCUCCUUUUGCAGCACCAAAAGAGAAAACAGUGAUAGAAUUCAAGAGGUCUGGUCCACCCGCAUUUGAGGGCACUACCAAUCCUGAUGAAUUGGAAGUGUGGGUAGAGGAAAUGGAGAAGGCGUUCCCAGUAAUGAAGUGCACUGAAGACGAAAAGCUUAGCUUCAUGGUGUACAUGCUCAAGGGUCUAGUGAACCACUGGUACAGAGGAGAACUUCGCGUUUGUCAGGGGAAGGAGUUUGAAUCUUGGGAGCAACUGAGGAAAGCCCUUUUCUGUAAGUACUUCACCAGGGACAAGAUGUUUUUGUUUGAGAGGGAGUUCAUUAAUCUGACUCAGGGAAGUAUGACUAUUGAUGAGUAUGAGAUGGAGUUUGACAGGCUUUCCAGGUAUGCUCCGAAAUUAGUUGAUAAUGACCAGAGCAAUGCCAGACGCUUCGAGGGAGGCUUGCAUGCACACAUUCAUCGUGGGUUAGCCGCUCUACACCUAACCAGCUAUGCAGAGGUUGUGUGGUGUGCUAAGUCCCUAGAUACUAAAGGAUGUGCUACUUGUGAAGGUGCUCAUGCGACUGCAGAUUACAGCCGUACUACGGGAGCUUGCUUUAGGUGUGGCAGUUUGGAGCAUCGUAUUGCAGGGUGCCCACAACAGUAUUCUGGAGCACAGAGGGCAUCUAGUGGGCAGAACUCUAGGUAUGUGCCUGCACCAAAGCCUCAAGUUUCCUCAGGUCAGCGUGUUGGGAAGGAGUUGGUCAGUGAGCAGCCAUCUUCCUCAACUAAUCAAGAGGCAGGAAGGUCGAAGACACAAAGACGUGUUUAUGCGAUGACUAAGGAGGAUGCCCAUGUUUCUAAUGCAGUAGUGUCAGUUGCCUUAUCAGUUUAUUCUGUAUAUGCCUGCGCAUUAUUUAAUUUUAGAGCUACACAUUCGUUUAUCUCAUCUACAUUUAUUCGUAAGCAUGCCUUGCCUGUUAUAACUGUGGAAUAUGAUUUGUGUGUCACCACCCCUGUGGGAGUUGAUGUUGUUCUUGAUAGAGCCUGUGAGAAUUGUCCUAUUAUUAUUGUUGGUCAUGAGUUGCUAGCUCGCCUGCAUGUUAUGAGCAUGAAUGAUUAUGAUAUUAUUUUGGGGAUGGAUUUUCUAUCUGCUUGUCAUGUUGUAGUUGAUUGUCAUGCAAGAAGGGUAGUCUUUAAAAUCCCUGGAGAAGCAGAGUUUACCUUUCAUGGGAGUGAGUCUGCAUCACCGCCUCGUGUGAUUUCCACUUUACAAGCUCAGAAAUUACUCUUAGGUGGGUUCGCGGGAUUUCUUGCCACAGUGGUUGAUGAAAAACUAGAAGGGCCAAUGUUACAGGAUAUUCCAUUGGUUAGUGAGUUUCAUGAUGUUUUUCCUGAAGAUCUUCCUGGUCUACCUCCAGACAGAGAAGUGGAGUUUGUUAUUGAUUUAGUUCCAGGAACCAGCCACAUCUCUAAAGCUCCUUACAGGAUGGCAUCUGCUGAAUUGAAGGAGUUGAAGAAGCAACUUGAGGAACUUUUGGAGAAAGGUUUUAUUCGACCCAGUGUUUCUCCGUGGGGUGCUCCCAUGUUAUUUGUGAAGAAGAAAGAUGGUACGUUGCAGUUGUGCAUUGACUACCGGGAGUUGAACAAGGUGAUAGUGAAGAACAAAUAUCCAUUACCACGGAUCGAUGAUCUUUUUGAUCAGUUGCAUGGUUCCCAGGUAUUUUCCAAGAUUGACCUUAGAUCGGGAUACCACCAGUUGAAGAUCAAGCCGGAAGAUGUGCCAAAAUCUGCAUUCUGA